AAGAUAACUAAUAUCAUCAAAAUAAAGCAGCAUUGUGCUUUUAACAGGAAAGAGUUAUCCUAUGAAGUAGCAUAUGAUUCCUGGGAUGGGUUUUUGAAUCAUCCCUUCAUGAUUUUAUACUCGGGGAGUCAGAAAUCUUUUUUCUGAGAAAUUUGGUGGGGACACCACCACAAGGGUCAGACCCUGGAUUUCUCCAAGAGUAGAGGGCUAUUGAAUCACAAGUUCUUGUUCUUGUCUGCUGACAACUUUGUUUUAUUUUGGAUCAGAUACAUUACCUCAGACUGUGAUGCAGUUUCCAUCAUCCAUGAUUCUCAGGGUUAUGCUAAAACGCCAGAAGAUGCAGUUGGAGAUGUUCUCAAAGCUGGAAUGGAUGUGAAUUGUGGCAACUACGUGCAAAAAUAUGCCAAGUCUGCAGUCCAACAGGGAAAACUAUCUGAAGGGGACAUAAACCGAGCUCUGCACAACCUAUUCUCCAUCAGAAUGAGGUUGGGUCUCUUCAAUGGAAAUCCAAAAUACGAAGCCUAUGGCAAAAUAGCUCCAAGCCAAGUCUGCACGCAGAAGCACCAGAACCUGGCAUUGGAAGCAGCCAGAGAUGGCAUUGUUCUGUUGAAGAACUCAGUCAAUAUCCUUCCUCUGUCUAAAUCGAAAGUAAAGUCACUUGGUGUGAUCGGCCUGAAUGCAAACAAUGCAACGAAACUACUUGGCAACUAUGCCGGCCCUCCAUGCAAAAGCAUCACUCCACUUGAGGCAUUGCAGAGCUAUGUUAAGGACACCAGAUACUUAUCUGGGUGCGACACUGCUGCCUGUACUUCGAGUUCAACCAGUGAAGCAGUCCAAUUGGCAAGAUCGGUGGACUAUGUGGUUAUGUUCAUGGGUUUGGAUCUGGAGCAGGAGAGGGAGGACCUUGAUAGAGUGGACUUGGUUCUCCCAGGGAUGCAGCAAAGCCUUAUCACUAGUGUCGCAAGAGCGGCAAAAAGGCCUGUAAUCCUGGUGCUGUUAUGCGGCGGUCCGGUAGAUAUCACAUUUGCCAAGUAUGAAAAGAAGAUUGGAGGCAUCUUGUGGGCUGGUUAUCCUGGUGAAGCUGGUGGACUGGCUAUUGCACAGGUUAUUUUUGGAGAACAUAAUCCAGGGGGAAGAUUACCUGUCACCUGGUAUCCACAGUCUUUCACAAGUGUUCCCAUGACUGACAUGAGGAUGAGAGCUGACCCUGCCUCUGGAUACCCAGGCCGCACCUAUCGAUUUUAUACCGGUAAACCUGUAUACAGUUUUGGCUUCGGUCUUAGCUACUCCACUUAUUCUUAUGAAUUUAGUGCGGAAUCUGAGAACAAAAUCUACCUGAACAAAUCGAUCAGUCUUGAUGCUUUCAAGAUGUCAGGAUCUUUAAGUUAUGAUAUAACAAACAUGGGCUCCGAAGCAUGCAAGAAGCUCAAAUUCUCAACAGUUGUUGGGGUAAAAAAUCAUGGACCAAUGGAUGGGAAACAUCCAGUUUUGCUUUUUCUGCGCUGGCCUAAUGCCCUGCAUGGGAGGCCUAUGAAACAAUUGAUAGGAUUCCAAAGUGUGCAUUUGAAGGCUGGGGAAAGAGCUGAUGUCAAAUUUGUUGUGAGCCCAUGCAAGCACCUCGGUCGAACCAACAUAGAUGGUGCAAAGUUGUUGGACCAAGGAUCUCAUUUUUUGAUGACAGGAAAAAAGGAAUAUCAGAUCAGCAUCAUGGCAUGAAUCAGUUGUGAGAGAGUUUGAACUUUAAAGUUUGUAAUUUGCAUUCUUCUCAAGGGAAAAAAGAAAAAAAAAACUUGGCAAUAUGCAGACCCUGAAAAGUGUAGCUCAUGGAAGUGCACUAGGAAUUUUCUUUCAAACUAGCAUUCAAAGAAAAUCUCUAAUAUCCUUCCUCCCUCAUGUUGUCUAAUAAAUGCUGUCUUAAAGAAGCAUCUAGCUUUCAGAAAAAGCUUUUCUAUGAGAAUUAAAGGAGCACUGACUGUCAUUGAGAGAAUGUAUCUUUCAAAGAUUUGAAGAAAUCCAUGCAGUGCACAAUUAGUUUCUGUUUCAA